UAUUUAACAGUAAGAUACGUUUCUCUGUUUUUGGAAGGAUUUUGCACACAUUUGACAUGCCUAUAUUUUCAUGAUUUGGGUGUGUGUGUGAAAAAUAUGUUGCAACACCAAAGGAAACAUACAGUUUUCUCAGAAAAUUUGAAUUCAGUGGCAGGAAAGCAAGCACCAAGGAUGUUUGCAUUGCUAUACAUCAUAAGUUUUGCCAUCUAUAUAAGUGGGCAAACUUUCCACAGCCAGUUUAAAGGAGAAAAUUAUUCUACAAAAUACAUUUGUAGUGUACCUGGAUUGCCGGGUUCUGCAGGUUUUCCUGGAGAUCGUGGACUACCUGGACCUCAUGGACGCAUUGGUAUCCCAGGACGAGAUGGCAGGGAUGGCAGGAAGGGAGAAAAGGGUGAGAAAGGAAAUGCAGGUUUAAGAGGGAAGACUGGUCCUGCAGGACAACCUGGGGAGAAAGGAGAUCAAGGAGAACUUGGUAAAAAAGGACCUACAGGAUUGUUAGGUGCUAAAGGUGAUGUGGGUUCUGUUGGUCCAGCAGGCCCAAAAGGAGAUAAAGGAGAAAGAGGAAAAACAGGUUUACCAGGAGUCUGUAAGUGUGGAAAAAUAGUAUUAAAAUCUGCCUUCUCUGUUGGGAUUACCACAAGUUAUCCGGAAGAGAGAAUUCCAAUCAUUUUCAAUAAAGUUCUUUUCAAUGAAGGAGGGCAUUAUAAUCCUUCAAACGGGAAAUUCAUAUGUGCCAUCCCAGGGAUUUAUUACUUUUCAUAUGACAUCACCUUGGCAAAUAAACAUCUUGCCAUUGGCCUUGUCCACAAUGGGAAAUUCCGGAUAAAAACUUUUGAUGCUAAUACAGGAAACCAUGAUGUAGCUUCUGGGUCAACAGUGAUUUAUCUUCAGUCAGAGGAUGAAGUAUGGCUUGAGAUCUUCUACACUGAUCAGAAUGGCCUCUUUGCUGAUCCAACCUGGGCAGAUAGUCUGUUUUCAGGAUUCCUCUUGUAUGUUGAUACAGACUAUCUUGAUGCCCUGUCAGAUGAUGAUGAACUGUGAUGCUUAAAAUGUUUAUUUAACUCUACAUGAACAUAAGACAACAAACAGAUUCUGAUCUUUAUUGUUAAUCAGAAAAAUCAGUAAUCAAAAUUGGCCUGGGAAUUUGAUUUUGUUCUCAGGGCACCUGUAGUACAAGAAUUGUUCAGUGAUAAGUACUUCUGUGGUUGCUGUUUUUAUCAAACAGAUGAUUCUGCUAAUUCUGUGUAGUCCUCUCAAAUCAAUGUUUAUAAUAAUAUUUAAACAAUAUAAGAUAAUGUGUGUGCAGUGUUAUAUAAAAUAUGUUGGUUAAUAAUAUGCUUCUUAAGUAAUGACAUGGACAUGAAUAGUUAGUGCUAUGAAGCUGGGUAAGAAAAUCAACAAUAAACUUUUUUAUUAUUCUAAAGAGUUGUUCAUGUAAAGAAAAUCAGUUAUGGUCUUAAAACCUGUGUAGAGGGCUUUGUGGAUUACAGCCAUCCUACAGCACCAAUAGUUGUUGUUUCUACCUGUUACAUACAGCACUGAUGUUACCUGUCUGUCAUGG